AUGUCGUCCACGUACGUGUUCGCGCUGUCGUUGGUUUGCGUCGCCUCGGCCGUUAUCGGUAUCGCCUCUUCCGUGCCGCCGCCGACGCCACAGGGACAACAACAAUCACCACCACAACAACAACAGCAGCGGCAAGGCUCGACGGGAUUCGGCGCGGUCCUGUGGUCGGUGCUGGACGACUGUUUCGGCGACGGCGACGCGGCCGAACCGGCCACCGUGUGCCUCAAGUCCAAAGCGCUGACGGCCCUUGACCGGGCACUCGGCAAGCCUGCGAUCACCGUCGCGGACGGCGUGACCCUCACCGCCAGGGCCGGCAAGUCGCUGCAAGCCGUCGAUCUGCAGGCCGACCAGGCAGACCGCGCCGCCCUGGACGCCGCCCCGGACGCCGACAGCAAGAACUCUCUGUUGGACGACAUGCUCGCCAACCGCAUGGACAGGCUCAUGUCCACUAGGACCAUCGUGCUGGAUGGGGCCGGCCAAGAAGGUCGCAAGAAGAAGGACAAGGCCAUGCAACAGGCCCUGAUGAUGGCCGGCAUGAUGGCCGCCGGCGUCGUGGGCCCGAUGGCUUUGAAAAUGAUCGCCCUGAUGGCCGGCAAGGCGCUGUUGCUGAGCAAAAUCGCCCUGCUCCUGUCCGGUUUGAUGAUGCUCAAGAAACUGUUCCAGCCGCAGCAGAUGAGCGGACACGAUACCGAGUUGCUCCCGUCCGGCUACCAUUACGGCCGCAGCAUCGAAGCCCACCACGAGGCGUAUUCUGGCCAAAUUCAAUAG